CGCCCUCAGCCGCCUCAAGCGCGCGCAGGCUGUUUGGCGAUAUCGCAGAUAGUGCCUCUUCCCUUCUAGCGGUGUCUUCUUGUGUCCCCGCAAAGUCUGGAGGCUCUCUCCCUGCAGCCGAGGGCCGGAGCGGGGCCAGGAAAGGAGGCACUGGGCCGUGCAGAGGCAAAGGGUCUGCGGAACGAGGCCCGUGCAUCCCGCGCCGAGGCAGGAGGUCGGAACCCCCAGCGAGGGGCUGGGCCGGAGAAGCCCUCGCGGGCGUCUUGGGGGACUAUCGGGCGCUGACGGCGAGGCUAUUGGGGAGGUUCGGGGCAUUCCACCCUGGCCAUGGGCGGCGUGGGGACCAGCAGGUCCCUUCGGGGCUCCGAGCAUUUGACUUGGGCAUUUUCCGGGUUUCCCAUCGCCACGUAGCCUCGAAGCCAGCAGGACUGAAAAAAAGGCUGCAGUCCAAUGUUCUCUUCCCUCUGAGGAGCGGGGCUGAGCCCGUCCGCCGGAGGGGACUCGAGAGGGCUGCCCCGGGGGUGGCCAGAAGCAGAGGUUGAAGAGGGCGGCGGGAGCGGAGAGCGCCCUCCUUGACCAUCAAAUGCCUCUCGUGUUUCUCUGUCUGCUAAGUGGGCUUGGACGCGCUGACCACGCGGGAGGAGGGACGGACGACGCUCGGCGGGCUGUGACCGUGCCGCCUUCAUGUGGCUGCUGACGGAGACCCCGGAGGGAACGGGCAUGGGGCGAAGCCUCGCCCUCUCCGCUCCCCGCCUCCCGGGCGCCGGGGCUGGCGAUGUGGAGACGUGAGGGGACCCGCGGCUGCUCCGGGUUCUCCAGAUAUCCACCAGGCGCCCGCGUGUUCCUCCGCGCUCGAGGCAGGAGAGUGGCGCGGAGGUCCGAGGCGGGCGCACGGGCGGGCUAAGACGGAGCUGGAGCUCCAGCCUCGCCAUGGGGCAUAACGGCAGCUGGAUUUCCCGAAACGCCAGCGAGCCGCGCAACGCGUCGGGCGCCGGGGCUGAGGGCGCCAACCGCAGCGCGCUCGGGGAGUUCGGCGAGGCGCAGCUGUACCGUCAGUUCACCACCACCGUGCAGGUCGUCAUCUUCAUAGGCUCGCUGCUCGGAAACUUCAUGGUGUUAUGGUCGACUUGCCGCACAACCGUGUUCAAAUCUGUCACCAACAGGUUCAUUAAAAACCUGGCCUGCUCGGGGAUUUGUGCCAGCCUGGUCUGCGUGCCCUUCGACAUCAUCCUCAGUACCAGUCCUCACUGUUGCUGGUGGAUCUACACCAUGCUCUUCUGCAAGGUCGUUAAGUUUUUGCACAAAGUCUUCUGCUCUGUGACUAUCCUCAGCUUCCCUGCCAUUGCCUUGGACAGGUACUACUCAGUCCUCUAUCCUCUGGAGAGAAAAAUAUCUGAUGCAAAGUCCCGAGAACUAGUGAUAUACAUCUGGGCCCAUGCCGUGGUGGCCAGCGUCCCUGUGUUUGCGGUGACCAACGUGGCUGACAUCUAUGCCAUGUCCACCUGCACGGAAGUCUGGAGCAACUCGUUGGGCCACCUGGUGUACGUUCUGGUCUACAACAUCACCACGGUCAUCGUGCCUGUGGCCGUGGUAUUCCUCUUCUUGAUACUGAUCCGCCGGGCCCUGAGUGCCAGCCAGAAGAAGAAGGUCAUCAUAGCAGCGCUGCGGACCCCGCAGAACACCAUCUCUAUCCCCUAUGCCUCCCAGCGGGAGGCCGAGCUGCACGCCACCCUGCUGUCCAUGGUGAUGGUCUUCAUCUUAUGCAGCGUGCCCUAUGCCACACUGGUCGUCUACCAGACUGUGCUCAAUGUUCCCAACACUUCUGUCUUCUUGUUGCUCACGGCCAUUUGGCUGCCCAAAGUCUCUCUGCUGGCGAACCCUGUGCUCUUUCUUACUGUGAACAAAUCUAUCCGCAAGUGCUUGGUAGGGACCUUGGUACAACUGCACCACCGCUACAGUCGCCGGAAUGUGGUGGGCACAGGGAGCGGGGUGGCCGAUGCCAGCCUGGAGCCCAGCAUGCGCUCGGGCAGCCAGCUCCUGGAGAUGUUCCACAUUGGGCAGCAGCAGAUCUUUAAGCCCACAGAUGACGAGGAAGAGAGUGAAGCCAAGUAUGCCGGCUCAGCUGACCUCCAGGCCAGGGAGCUACUUCCCACCUGCCUGGAGGCAGAGCAGGGGCCGCGGUUUGCUACCCCUGCACCACCCCCGGGCACCGUGGACUCUAUAUCCCAGGUGGCACCAGCAGUCCCUGUGGAACCUGAGACAUUCCCUGACAGGUACUCCCUGCAAUUCGGCUUUGGGCCAUUUGAGUUGCCUCCACAGUGGCUCUCGGAGACCCGAAAUAGCAAGAAGAGGCUGCUUCCCCCCUUGGGCAACACCCCGGAAGAGCUGAUCCAGACAAAGAUGCCCAAGGUAGGCAGGGUGGAACGGAAGAUGAGCAGAAACAAUAAAGUGAGCAUCUUCCCAAAGGUGGAUUCCUAGCAAGUCUUGUAAAUCCCUGGAAGCAACAGACCUUCCACAUUCCUGCCCUCCCUUCACUGGGCCUAUGAUUUGUCUGAUCUCCUUGCAACCCAGUAUGGGUUGAUUCCUCCUCUAUGGGCCGGAUGCUUUUGAAUGAGAGGGAAAUCUAUAUAAAAUCGGAUGUCCUCUUUAUUGAGGGCGUAUAUAUAUAUUUAUACAUAUAUAUAUAUUUAUCUCAGUGAUCCUCAGUAAAGUCCACAUUUCUCUCUGUGGAGACGAAAGCUGGGUAGCGGGAAACAGGUCUUGGGUGGGUUCUCUGUGUGCAUUUUCUGGGGAUAUCUCAGUUCCGGGCCCUGCAAAGAAUACACGGAGAGAAGAAUGUCUGUGAGUUCAAAGGAAGCAGGGGCACUCUAAGAGAAGCCCAAGAUAAUUAUGGAGCCGUGCGGCCACAAGAAAAUGCCUAUUUGAUCGAUUUUAAAAUGACAAAUAUUCAAAAUGGUUUAUAUUGAUCUGUAUCUUUAGGGAAGAUAGAACCUUGGCAUUUGAUACCUUUUUUCUGGACAGCCUGAUCACAUGACUCACAGUUUCUCCCGAUGCCCUUCAUCUCCUUUGCUGGGAUGUAGGUGAGGGAUGAAUGAAUAUUGCAGCCCCAUCUGACAGACAUGGCAAUAGAUGUGCCCAGGGAUUAGGAAGAUAUUCUGUCCUUGAUUAUCCUGACCAUCUCCGGGCAUCACUAAGGCCUCAGAAAGAGAAGUCCGCAGUGUUGAUUGGAAAACACUGCAAGCUUUAAUCAUGUCUUUCCCCCUUAAGCUGUGUUUUUUUCAACAAAUGAGAGAGAAGCUUAGAAGUGGAGAAGAAAGACUGAGAAAUAUCCACACUCUGUAGAGUUUUCUCUUCCCACAUGGUCUCAUGUGAAAGAUUUUAUGCAGCAAUCAGCAGGGGUAAAGUGUAUUGAAAAAGGUUUGUGCCAACUUCUGGAAUUAAAGGUCAUUUAAAAAGGCAAAGUUAGGGUAAACGGGGUCCUCUGGAAACGUCAAGCUAAAAAUACUUGAUUAGGAGAAGUGAGUCUGCCCAAAAGAGUGGGAAAAGUUGGUUCCCUUCCAAGGAGGACUGCAGACCCCAUGCAUCGCCAGUCUCAUUUUCAGUCUGUACGACUGUGGUUCUCCCUUCAUUUUGGGCACGAAGGAGGAACAGAACAUGGAGAAGGAAUUCAUCACUGUACAAUGCCAAGGCAAUACCUAGCCCAGGUGAGCUCUCCACUUACUCCUUCCCAGUGAAGUUGUAGCAGGAGCCAGACAGGACAGAAGAGGGAGGACAGUGUCCUCAAUUGAUCAGCCGCCUGGGGGCUCUCACAGCAAUUCGAGUCUACGUUGGGGUGGGCUUCACCAGGUUGAAUUCAAACCACAAAGGAAACUUCACUCUUAAGGAGAGCAAAUCAAGCGCCAGGUCUGCUCUUCUCUGGAGGGCGUUUUGUUCUUGUUCAUAGUAUGGAAGGGAGCCAAUCCAGUGCCUUGAGCAAGCCUCAGGGGAGGGGGCAUCCUCAGCGGCAAAGAACACAUCCCAACGGAAGGGGUCCUCACGGAUCUUCUCCUUGAACCACACAGGCCCUUGUCCCUCGUAGGAAGGUCAGACUAUGUGUAGGGAGUUUCCUUUUCCUGUCCUUUCCUGGGUGUGCUGUCUUGUGAUUCCCGAAUGUGAACCCAAAGACCCUUGUCCAGAGGAGGGAGUGCCUUCCUCUCUGUGUUCGUUUCUUUGAAGCAUUGUGUGCUCACAGCGGAAACAGGGGCCCACCACCCCCUCUCCCGGGGCCCCUGUGUGCGCUCUGGAGCUCCUUGCCCUCAUGCUUCCCGUUGUGGCCCUUCAAGCGUAUCUUUCAAACCGUCACAGUUGUUACAGCGUUCAUCAAGGGGAAACAUAACCUGUCAGAAACUUGUGUCCCCUUUAGAAGAAUCGGUCAAAUGUAGCCAUGUUGGUGUCAUUCUGAUAACAUAUAUGUACAACUUAAUAAAUUCUGGUGAGCCGGAAUUUGAUAGAUGUUACUUAUGUAUGUUUGAAGCAGUUGGUUGACUUCUAACAGGUCAUGGCCAGGUGUAUUUCUAUACUCUUUGAAGAAUUAUGUUUUAAUAAAAAAUUGAAAAGCAGUUUCUGAAC